UGGUUCGAUUUCCAUACUAGUUUAUUUAUUCAAAUAUGGGCACACGCCACUUAAUUUUACAUUGAAACUUAUUUCGUUUGCAUUUAUUUUUGUAUAUAUUUGCGUGAAAUUGCUUUUCAACAGAAAAUACUGUUAAAUCAUCGUAAAAACGAGAUCAAUAUUUGUUUAAAAUUUGUUAAUGUAUUAGUGAACGGUUACAGUGUCAUACGCUUCGGAAUAUCCAUUAGUGUGCGUAGCUACGUUGUCAGUUCGCUGAAAAUGCGACGUUGCCGCUCUUGCUCGUGUGUGAAACGGUGUGUCACUUGCCCUCUCCCUUCGUUAAAGAAGCGUUCAUAAAUUACGUUCACCCGAACGUUUUAUAAUAACAGUAUUUCUGCUGCCAGAUGAUCGAACAACCCGCUCAUUAUGAAUCGGUAAGGUUAUACGUCGAAAUGAAUCUUUUUCGAUUCUGAAUGCGACCAUAACCUAACCUGUUCCGGCUUUUCGGCGGGAAACGGGAACGGGACAGUUGCUUUCUUCAUUGAGUAAUCUAAAUAAUUAAUACGAAGUGGUGUUUUGUGGUUAGUUGGAAGACAUUCGCGAGUGUUAUUAUAUUGGAGUAUUCAAUAAACAAAGUGUAUCUGCCUAUUUUCGCUUCGUGCCGGGAAGCCGCUUCAUAACUCAAAAGUUUAUGCGGACUUUUGAGUUAAUUCGUUUGGGGUUCGGAGUAGGAGUCUACUCCGAGGGUGGGGGCUUAGGUUUCAUCAUCAUCACCUUUCAUCAUUUCAUUAAUCAUCAAGAAAAAAAUACGUCAGACAUGGCUGUAUGGGCAUAGUUCCCUUUGCCUUACCCUUCGGGGAAAACCAAAACAAAAAAAAAACUAACCUGUUCCUGUCAUGUCAUGUCAUUCGUUUCUUUUCCACUUCCAAUUUAUAUUGUAAUAGUUUGGUUAUUUGUUUUAUUAAAUAAUUUAUUCAUCGAGUUUUGUGAAACUUGUGGGGCCGGGCGGAUUAAAAUAUGGAACCUCAAACUAGUCGCAAAGACUACUUAAACCACCAGUAUUCUGGCCCCCGGAAAAAUCGAAAACGAAGCCAAGCACAAAUGAAACGUUAUCAUGGAGAAAUAAAAAGCCGUAGCGACGUAUGGUGCAAGAAAAAAAAACUAAAUGACGAAAACGACGUGCCUUCAAACAAAUCUGUAGCAAAUAAUACUCUCAAAACCUACAGUGGAAGUAAAAAAAAAAAUCUUGUGGAAGCAAAUUUUACUGACACUCAGCAAAGAACUGAGAAAGAGCCCCCCCGAUCAAAACCUUUGGAGGUAAAUUGGCCACUGAUUGAUCCCACUGUUAAAAGCCACGAGUUAACUGUGGAAUAUGCACCAGAUAGUUUGGGUAGUCUGUCUGGUAACAGGUUUGUUGAUCUACCACAUGUCCUUAUGUGGGCUUUCAAACUUGAGAGACACCGUUCGCAAUGUGGUGGUAGCAGCAUAGUCUUUGUUGAGGAGUUUAGAAAUGGUUUCAACAGUAUGUUUACUUUCCAAUGCAGUAUGUGUGAGAAACAAUUUAGAUACUGCAAUGAAAAAGAUGAAAAUCUUAACAAAGCGUUUGUUUGGGGGACAUUAACAGCUGGAAGCUAUUAUGCACAGGCUGCACACAUCACCAACUUGAUGGAUAUACCUACAAUAUCAGCUUCCAAAUUCCGAGAGACAGAAAAAUUAUUAGGUGAAGUUUGGAAAGAUGAACUAACUGAGGAGAUCCAAAAAAAUGGAGAAAGAGAAAAGGCUAUUGCUAUGCAAAAAAAUAAUGUAGAUGCAAAUGGUAUUCCAUACAUAACAGUGUAUGUGGAUGGAGGCUGGCCUAAACGAUCAUAUGGCCAUGAUUAUAGCUCUCCAUCAGGCAUGGCCUGCAUUAUUGGAAAAGAGACCAAGAAAUGCUUAUUCUUAGGCAUAAAAAACAAAUAUUGUUACCACUGUCACAUUUAUGAAAAAAAAAAGAACAAGUUUCGGAGCAUAUGUGUUUCAAGAACUACGAAGGACCAUCUACGGGAAUGGAGGCGGACAUCCUAGUAGAAGGGUUUGAGAGGAGUCAAGAGAUGCAUGGUGUAAAAUAUUUAAUAUUUAUAGGAGAUGGAGAUUCAUCUGUGUAUGCACAAUUAAGAGAAAAGGUUUCAUAUGGGACCCAAAUAAAAAAAAUUGAAUGUAAAAACCAUGUGAUUAAGAAUUACACUGGAGCAUUGUACAAGAUUAUAGGAAAUACAAAGUUACCAUUAUUUGGCCGGAAGAUUCUCAAGCCAAAAUUACAAAAACUUACAGCGGUUUCAAGAAAGAUAAUUAUGGAAGCUGAUCAUAAUUCAAUGAGAGAGGAUCUCAAAAAUGGCCCAUCUCAUGUAUUUGGCUGCCACCAAGAUUGUAAGGCAUAUUAUUGUCGAUUCUGCCAGAACAGUGAUGAAAAAGACACAAAUUCUUUAGACGACCUUAAAACUAAGGCACCUGCAGUUUGGGCCCACAUUUGUGCAGCAAACGAGGCAGUCAUGUCAAAAUGCCAUCGACUAUCAAACAACACAACAAAUGUUGUUGAAAAUUUCAUGAGUGUUGUCAGCAAAUUUGUCUGCGGGAAAAGAUUGAGUCUGUACAAGGGUGGCUCAUAUCAGCGAAGAGUAUAUAUUGCUGGUCUCUCGCACUCUCGUGGUCAGAAAUGGCACACAAAUGCUUGGAAGAAACAUAUAAGAAGUAGCCCUGGACAAACUUUUAAAAAGUACAUUGCCCAGUCGGAAAAGUCCAAGGAAAGGCGCAAAAAAUACAUUCGCAGGCGACUUUUUGCGCCUAAACCCAAAACUGACCACAAUUAUGGUCCAAACGCCAAAGAUGUAGAUGAGUCAGUUUUAGGGAAAGAUCUAAAGGAAGCGUGUCUUCUAAAACUGAAAGACUUCGAAACGACAAUAGAUCAAAUAAAAUAUAUUGAAAGUGCAACAAUUGGACAACACGAUAAUGAUGUCUACACUACAUAUAGAUGCGACAGGCUUACCGCUAGUCAGUUCGGAAUGAUAUGCAAGCGAAAAUCUACAACACCAUGCCAUAACCAAGUGGAGAGUGUUUUAUAUAAAAACAAUAUCUUGACCAAUGACAUGGCCUACGGCCAAAACCAUGAAUCAGUGGCCAGAACCUUGUUCAUAGAAAAAAUGAACAAAGCCGUACGGCCUGCUGGGUUAUAUAUUGAUGAAGAAUUUGGUUUUCUUGGAGCUAGCCCAGAUGGAGUAAUAGAAGAAGAAAAUUCUAUUUUGGAAAUAAAAUGUUUUCCUUCAUUGGCUCGCAACAAUCAAGACAUUUUUUCUGCGGCCAAAGAUCGUAAAAACUUUCCCCUUUUGGUUGAUGACACUGGUGCAUUACAAAUAAAUAAAAAACACAACUAUUACUAUCAGAUCCAGGGUCAACUGCGGGUUUCAAAAAUGAUGAAAUGUUACUUCAUUGGCUAUGUUUCUCCAAGUUUUGACAUCACAGUGUUGGAAGUACAGCGUGACGAAAAUUUCAUUAAAAAUAUGAUGCCAAAAUUAGUAACAUUUUAUAAAAAUUGUAUUUUGCCAGAGGUAGUACUUCGAAGAGUAACAAAAAAACAAAAAUGUAUUGAUAUUUCAAUUAUGUGGUAGCAAUUAUUUUAUUACUACUUUGUGAACAAGCGCGCUGUUUGCUUUGCAUUGUAUAAAGUAGUGACAAUCAGAAAGAGAUAAAUAUUAUAUCCUAAUCUGAAUAAACGAAAUCUGAAUCUUACUUCAAAUAUCAAUAAUUUUCGUUAGCCUGUUUGAUAUUGCCGUUUGUAAAUAAAUAACAUAAAAUAACAAUAUAACUUACUGCAAACUUAA